AUGAAUCCACUGUUGAAAAUAUUUUUAUCCUAUUGUUGGGGAAACAUGUAUUUAAUAAUUGGACUAAGUAUGGGCUUAAGUGUCAGCAUGAUGUCAAUAUCAAUCAAUAUGAAUGAAUAUGAUAGCAAUACAGAGCAUCAAAUGUCAUAUUCAAAUUACCAAGAAGAUUUGGAUGAAUACGAGCCAAAGAUAAAUAUCAACAGCAAACCACAACAAGCACAAAAAAUACCAAAAACUCUGAUACGACCAAGAUAUUAUUCUACAGAACUUGGAAUCAGGGAAAAAUUGUUCGUAGGAGUAAUCACAAGUCAACAAUAUUUAUAUAGUAGAAAUAUUGCAAUUAAUAAAACAGUGACUCACAUUGUGGAUAAAAUACGAUAUUUUAUUUCUAUACCAGAAGGAACCAAACCUAAUGUUACUCUUCCUGGUAUAGUUGGGUUCACAGACACUAGAAGCAUUUUGAAACCAUUCCACACUAUGAAAUAUAUAAUCGACAACUACUUAGAGAAUUAUGAUUAUUAUUUGUUGAUUAAAGACAUAAGCUAUAUCAAUGCUAAGAAAUUAAUAGAAUUUGUUAACAAGAUCAGUGUGAGUCAAAAUGUACAUGUAGGUGUCCUUGGAGAUAUUCCAAGUUAUUGUUCCUUAGAUUCAGGAAUUCUCUUGAGCAAUUCAGUAAUACAAGAAUUAAAGAACAACUUAGACUGGUGUGUAAAGAAUGCUUACUCGGAUUCGGACGAUGUUAAUUUCGGUCGGUGUAUUGUUCAUUCCUCGUCAACACCUUGUUCUAAUCAUAUACAAGGACAAAAGUUUCAGUAUACUGAAUUAAAACCCACGUUCUCAUUUGAACAAGAUUUUAAAGAUUUAGCCAGGAACCGACAGUUUUUAAAUUCAUUUGUAAUUUACCCAAUAUAUGAUCACCUUCUUAUUUAUAAAUUCAACACUUAUUUUGCAGCGAUGAAGUCCAUUGCAAUUGAAGACAAAAUUUCCAAUAUUAGGAAGUCAAUUUUAAGUAUGGAGCAUUUGGGUCCAUCCCAAGAACAUGAUGUUUCCUGGCCUGUUGGUAACCAGAUGGGAAAUAGGGCCUCCGGACGUUUUGAUAUUUUACGGUGGAAAUAUUUUAACGAAACUCAUACGUUCUUCAGUACAGAUUUUUCAACUGUACAGGAAUUAAAAACUGAUGCAAAAUUCGAUAUUGACAGAAUAAUUAAUGUGACAGCCUCCAAUAUUAUUGGUAACUCUCAGCGCAAAUUAAAAUUUAAGAAGUUACUAAAUGGGUACCAAAAGUUUGAUGCAUCCCGCGGAAUGGAUUACAUACUAGACUUAGCUUUUAUUGACAUAGUAAACGGAAAAGAAGUAAGAAAAAGAAUCGAAGUAUGCAAGCCUCUUGGUAAAGUUGAAAUUCUGCCUGUUCCAUACGUGACAGAAAAUACAAGAGUAAAUAUAAUAUUGAUUAUUGAUUUGUCAAAAAAACAAGUUGCAUUAGACUUCCUAGAACAAUAUGCCGUAGAUUGUAUGGAGAAAAAAUAUAAAACUUUUCUUAUGGUGGCUCUUUUGUAUAAUUAUGGUUCUACCUCAAAAGGCAAUGGAGAUAUAUUUUAUGAUAUUAAACAAUAUGCGUUAACAUUGGCUGAUAAAUAUAAAAAGUAUCAGUCAAAAAUCACUUGGCUCUCUAUUCGUCUACCGAGUAACGUAGCAUCCAUUGAAUUGGACCCCAUAUUAAAUAUUGCUGUGACAGAUUUGUGUAUUAAAAAAUUUUCACCCGAAAGUUUGAUAUUAUUUGUUGAAACGGGGAUACAGCUACGGUUGGAUUAUUUAAACAGAAUCCGUAUGAAUACUAUCAACCAAUAUCAGAUAUUCAGUCCAAUUCCCUUUGUCGAAUUUCACCCUGACAUUGUUCAUAUGAACGAUGUAAAACAAGCUGACACCGACAUCAAUCGUAAUCAUGGAAGAUAUGACGAAUAUAAUUACAAUAAUAUUGCCUUUUACGUCAGAGAUUACAAUACAAUGCGAAGAACUGCCGAGAACAGCAUUCCAAUAACACACUCCGAUAGGGAUAUUCCUUCUAUUUUAAAGCCAUCAAAGGAUCUACCUGCUAUGUCUUUAUUCGAAAUGUUUGUUUCUUUCAGUAAUGUACACAUUCUACGGGCGGUAGAGCCAGCCCUAAUAGUCAAAUAUAAAGAUAUCAAUUGCAAUAGUACCUACAACAAUAAUAUUUUCAAGCUGUGCACCCAGUCGAGGGAUUUUCAUUUAGGUCGACGCAGCCAAAUUGCUAGAUUGAUAUUAGAUUACCAAACUUAUAAAAUCCAUUUAUUCACAUGA